GAUGCUAGUUAAACUAUGGGGUUUCAAAUGCAAUUGUCUCAAAGCUUUGUAUGCAGACGCAAAUCACAGCAUAGCACCAUUCUCCAAAAUUCAGAUGCCAUCACAGAUUCAUCUAUGGCGACCGAUGGCAGCUCCUCCUGUCAAGAACCCAAAAUGACAUCUCAAACACACCUUCCCGCCGAAGAUUCUCUCCUCCUGCCGGAUCUCUUGCCGGAAAUCAUCGUCCAAAUACUGUCGAGGCUUCCCGUCAAGUCUUUGUUGCGAUUCAGGUGCGUUUCCAAAUCAUGGCGUUCUUUCAUUUCUCAACCCGAAUUCGCGAAAACCCAUCUCAGUUUAGCAUCUAUGAGCAGUGAUUAUACCCACCAUAGACUCCUCCUAAGCGAUCUGGAUCCCCGUGAACCUACUAAUGUCAAGUCAUGCUCACUUUACUGUAUUUUGAAUGAGCAAUCUGAUACUGCGGUUGACCUUGAUUGCCCUCUGAAUAUUAAUCAUCUAGGAAGGAUUGUGGGUUGCUGUGAUGGUUUAGUGUGCGGUACAAUUUAUGGUGGAUUAAUUAUAUGGAACCCGUCUACUAGGAGAUCCAAGAGAUUGCUGGAUGUUGAAAUGCUGUCCCGACACAAUUACCCAUAUGCGUAUGGUUUUGGCUAUGAUGAGUCUAUUGAUGAUUACAAGGUGGUGGUAUUUUCUCGUGAUGCUAGUAAUAGUGGUUUUGACUUUGAGGCUAAAGGGGAGGUGUAUUCAUUAAGGACUAAUUCGUGGAGGAGGAUUGGAAUCUUUCCUUAUGGUUUUCAUAUGGAUAUAUCAGGGACAUAUUUGAACGGGGCCCUCUAUUGGACUGUGACUGUGAGUAGGGAGUCCAAUAUUAUUAUUGUUUCUCUUGAUUUGGUGAAGGAGACUUAUAGAGAGGUUUUGCUACCUGAUUAUGGAGAUGGUCAUUUGAGUAGGAGCUCCUUGGAUGUUUUAAAUGGAUGCCUCCGUAUAGUAUGUGCCUAUGAUGAGUACAUUGAUGUAUGGGUGAUGAAAGAAUACGGUAUUAGAGAGUCUUGGACCAAGUUGGUUGUGAUACCCUGUGCGACCCCUGAGUUGUUUGAUCCUUACCCCACUCCAGUCUGCAUUUUGAAGAAUGGUGAAUUUUUAGUGAAUGUUUAUACACAUUUAGUUCGGUACAAUCCCAAAGAUGGCACAACUAUUUAUCUUCCGAUUCGUAAUUGUUCAGAGCGGUUUAGUGUAUAUCGCCACAUUGAGAGCCUAAUCUCACCAGAGAUUGAUGCUGACAGUGGAGUUCAGUGGCAGCACCAAUACUAAAGGUAAUAAAGGAACUGAGAACGAGGAGGUGUGAUUCCCUCUUGUUUUGCUGGAUUGGGGAAGUGCCAAGAGCGUUGGGGGUUGCUGAUUUUGCUUGCUAGUUAAUGCUGAGUUUUCUUGUCUUUGCUGUUGUUUCUUCUGACUUUGUAUGCCCAUGGGGAGAAAUUGCAUGUAUUACGCGGACUAAGCCGUGGCUGUUACAUUUAAUACACAUACACCCUCUUGUUUACAGCCCUAUGCGAGUUUUUUUUUAUGACCCAAUGCAAUCUGCAUUUGUACGUAGUUCCAUGAAAAUUAACCUUCUGGGACUACAGGAAUAUUCUUAUCGUUGUUUUUCAUUUGGCAAUAUUUGACAU